CAUCUUUCCAAGCACUCUUGGAGAGGAUGCCAGUCCAUAAAAGGGCAGGGGAACCCCAUGGAUGGGAUGCCAGUGCAUCACAGGGCUGGGGAAUCCCAUGUAUGGGAUACUAGUGCAUCACAGGGCAGGGGAACCCCAUGUAUGGGAUACUAGUCCAUCGAAGACCACAGGGCAUGGGAACCCAAUAAAUCAAAGGAAGGACCAUAUCAGAAAGGAAAUCUGUGGAGUCAUCUUUUUGUAACAAUUAUCAGAAACUAAAUAAAAAUUUUCCUUACUCCCUGUCACAUUCUACAAAACAUUACAGUUUUUAUUACAACAGUUUGUAUUCCAGUAAACAUUUUCACAUAACCUUCUCUGUUUUGAUCUAGAAACAUGAGCUCAGGAUUAAGUUCCACACAUCCAAACUUGAGUCAAGUGUCUUACACCUUAAAUUAUGUAGUGAUUUCUUUUGGGAUCAUUUAAAACUAUAUACUCAUUUUAUACUCCACUCACUUCAAUUUGAAGCCAAUAGUGAUUUAUGUUCCAGCAAUUUAAGUUGCCGCAUUUGUAGAGAUAUAGGCCAUUGAUAUUGAAAAUUUGAUAUGAAAAUAUGAAAACAGUAGAAAAAUAUAAAAAAUUCUUGAUAUUGUAAUACAUGAUGUAUGGAUUUUAGUGGGCUUUGGUCUCAGCUCAGUAGGAUAGUUAUUUAAAUACAAAACUGGAUAUCAGUCAAUGAUUUUAAGGUCUUUUCAGUAGUCUGUAAUAUUUCAAAGGGCCAAUAAUGGUCAGAUCACGUGAUACAAGAAGGCAACAGCAAACAAAAUAAACAUGCAGAACACCAAAAAAAAACCCACUCCAGCUGCUUCCUCUGACCUUAAGCAGUCUAUUACUGUAGUAUAUCCCAGCAAAGCUAUACAGACAUGACCUCAUAGCCCAAGAGAGACUAUGGAGUUAAUUAAUUUAUUUCAAAGAGAACAAUGGUUUCCUAGGGACUGGCCUGUAUCUGUACCAGGUGGGUAAGUGUCUAGCACAUUAAACCCUAACAGAGGCCAUAAAAGCCAGGGCUAAUUAAUUGAAGAGGUUAAUGUUUUCAGAGCAGGACAGAAAAUAGGCAGCUGCAGAGUGGCUUUGGCUGUGUAAGAAAGAUAUCUGCCUGUGUUAUCAUACCAGGGAAAAAACAUCUCUAGUGUCCCCUUCCAGCUGCAUAUCUGAUGUCCUUGUCUGCAUAUACUGUAUAGUGUCCUCCACAUUAAGCAAAUUCAAACUAAAACAUGCAUGCACAGACACCAAGACCCCAAAGAGACGCAACUUUCAUGAUAAACAUCGUACAACAUCGUAAUUCAUAUGAAAUAUGUGCAGUCACUCAUCUUUGUAGGAGGAGGUUAGCUUCCACAAAGACACACCCACACAGAACUGUGCUACUGCUGAGAGAGACAAGACAGGGGCAGAGGGGAGCCAUAUCGAUGGCUGUGGAUUUGCACAGCUGCCAUAGCAAGAUGCUUUUUGAAAUGAGUCCACGUCCCUGAGAGAGCAGGCUUGCUGUGGAGCAUGAUCUGUCCCACCCCCUCCUGCUUGACGCUUUCACUGCCCGCCCCCCUCUCUAGCCACACAAUCCCCGCCUCUCCCCUGAUGGAGCUGUCUGUGGUUCUGAAAUAUUAUGUUAGCGGCUGCUGAGGGUAGAGAAACUACAGCACAAAGAGAGAGAGGGAGGGAAGGAGGGAGGGAACAAGGAAAGCAGAUGAGAUUUUCAGACAGUGCAGAGAGCUCGGUCUUUGUCUUCAGAAAUGUGAUUUAUUAUCUCUGAUUAGUCCAUUGCAUCUAUGACAGAAAUAGGUAACUGGGAAAGCAAGAGUCACUCAGGAGAGCUAGCCAGCUUACUGCUCACGAGGACAGAAGGAAGCGUCGCAUGUGAGUGCUGUUCAGCGUGUAGAUGUCUCACGAGGGAAUAACGGACAUCAGGAUUAACCUGGCAGGAGAGGAGAGAGAAGGCAUUCGAAGCAAGAUCAGCUGCUCUGCAUUAUCCGGUGGCUGUGCUGCUCUUUGCUUCUAGCUGCUCCAUGUGCAGAUGAAGUGGGUGCUGCUGCUUGGGGCAGCGUUGUCCAUCUCUGCGUGCAGACAGGCUGAGGGGUUUGAGCUUUGAGCUGGGCUUGCACCCCAAGCUGACAUCCUCCCCCAUUCUAUCAUUAAGCAGUCUGGAAGAACACUGGCAGAGAAAAAGUGUUCUGCCAGCUCAAUGACACAAAGAUGGCUGUUCUCCUCCUCACACCAUUACAGACUCUCCAGGUGAAGCCUCAGCUCAGCUCUCUUAGGGAUGUGCUCCUCCUCUUGAGAAGUACUGAUCUGUGAAGGUGUCGUUUCUUGAUUCUGAUGAAGUACAUGAGUGGAGAUAUCAAAAUCUGUCCAUCAGAGCUUCAGACCAAUCAGGGAUUCAACCCAAUCUUCUAAUUUAAGGAAAAUGAAUGCAUUGGAGGAAGAAGCCACUUUACAUUUUUGUCAGUAUGUCGAAGAAACUGGCCUGAAGGCCUAUGAUGAUUUAGUCAUCCAGAAUGCAUCGGACAUCGCCCGUGAGAGUGAUCGGGUGAGGAAUGAGGCAAACUGGGCCUAUCUUCAGGAAAAACACGAGAAAAAAAGGAGGCAGGAGGAAGCCAUUAAAAGGAUCGGUGAAGAUGUCGUUCAUGUGUCAGAAGGCAGUUACGCAGGAAAGCACUUCCGCAUGGGCUUCAUGACCAUGCCGCCUCCCCAGGACCGGCUACCCCUCUCCUGCGGCUCAGGCUUCUCUGUGCGCUCUCAGUCCUUACACUCUGUUGGAGGAGGGGACGAGGAUGGCAGCCCCAGCUCCCGCAAACAGCCACCACCCAAGCCGAAGCGGGAUCCUAGUACUAAGCUGAGCAUGUCUGCAGAGACGGUAAACACGAGCGUGCCCUCAAGCAUGUUGGCUAAAGACCUUGAGAGGUCAGAAGCAUCAUCCAAGUCCCGACUUUGCAAUGAGGACUACAAGAAGGUGCCACCCCCCAAACCGAAGAGGAACCCCAACACCCAGCUGAGCACUUCAUUUGACGAGUCCUACAUCAAGAAUCACGUGGCCAGUAAACCUUCCAAAAAGGAGAUGCCCUUGUCCCAGAGCCUGGCCCGUGACUCGGAUGUGGAUGAGCCGGUCUACAUCGAGAUGGUGGGCAAUGUGCUUCAGGACCUCCAGCGAGAUGAUGAGGACCAGAGUGAGGCUGUGUAUGAAGAGAUGAAGUAUCCUACUUUGGAUGACUUCAGUCAGGACUCCAAGUGGGACCACCUUAGUGGUUCAUCUCAAUGCCCAACACCCACUAUCCCUGACAUGGACCUGACACGGGUCUCCACACCCCGGGGCUCAUUGUGUGACAUCCCUGCCCCCUUUCCCAACCUGCUGUCACAUCGCCCCCCCCUGCUGGUGUUCCCUCCUGCCCCUGCACAGUGCUCUCCAAACUCAGAUGAGUCACCUCUAACACCACUGGAGGUCACAAAGCUGCCUGCACUGGAGAAUAUGUCCUAUAUCAAAACUAGGACAUCUCCCACCUCUACUGAGUCGCUGACAUCCUCGCAUCGUAGAACAGAGAAAGAAGCCCCUGUGACGCAGACCAUCACAUCUUCAGGAAGGUCCUCUGCACCCCCUAUGCCUUCCAGCCUGUACAAAUCCUCGGGCUCUGCACACGGGUACCCACGCAGCCACUCGGCCUGCCCCUCUCCCGUCAGCAUGGGCCGCUCUCUCACACCUCUUAGCCUAAAGCGGCCCCCACCCUAUGAUGCUGUGGUAGUGGGGCCCAUGCCUCGCAGUGCUUCUGCUGUGCCUCACUCUUCAAAGAUCUCUUCUCAGGAAGGGACUAAACUGUCAAGCUCCUCCAGUGCCCAUGGAUCCAUGCAGACUGCGCCACGUUCACGCACCCCCACCAGCCCAUUAGAUGAGCUCACCAAUCUUUUCACCACUGGGCGGAGUCUUCUAAGGAAGUCCUCUAGUGGCAGAAAGUCCAAAGAGCCUGCAGAAGCUGAGAUCAAGAGUAAGAGCCAUAGCACUGAGCCACAGCCCAAAGACGACAGCAAAGACAAGGGAGCCAUUCAUGGCCCACUGCCCAAGGACUCCCUAAAAGCACUCGAGAUGGAUGGAAAGUCAGGACAAUCAGGCAAUACCAUGUCUAGCAGUUUGGGGUGUUCCUAUUUCAGCCAUACUAUGAUGCUAGGGAGUAACAUUUUAGAACCCAAAACGGUGGCCAGAGGGGGACAGUCAGCCUCAGUGUCAGGUGUGGUCCCCAACCUGGGGACACCCCAGCGACAGGUUCCAGGGCCACAGCAGAGCCAGCAGGUGGCGCCCUUACCAUGGGUGCAGGGGGACAACACCAUGAUGGAGAUGAUCGAGAAGAAACGCAUUUUGUGUAAGGAGAUCAAGGCUCGGCAACGGCUGGAUAAGGGCUUGUGCAAACAAGAGAGUAUGCCUAUCCUUCCUAGUUGGAAGAAGAGCAAUGGAACAAAGAAGUGUAGCCCUCCAUCAUACUCAGCCCAUACUACAGUUUUCUGGGACACUGCCAUCUGAGAGAUAGUCCUGCCCUGUUCCUGUUGUCUCAGCCAAUCAGCUUGCAAACAGGGCAGCCCAAUGGUUAGCCCAAUGUAGCAAAUGAAUAUUUUUGAGGGUUCAGGGUUAUAAAAUAUUCCAAAUUGUUUAUAUUUAAUAUUUUUCUACUCAAAGAAAUGUCAAAAUAAGAUUUUCUUAGUAUUAUUAGGUAUUUUAUAAAUAAAAAUGAAUUAUUAAUAAACAAAUUGUAGGUGGAGUAAUGAGAGUCUUGUUUAUUUUAGCUUGUUCUGUGUUUGUAUUACAAGGCACUCAAAUACACCACUAUCUGUUAGUCUGAAAGAUAUGAAGUGCUAUGCUACUAUUUAUACGAACAUCAAGAGUUGUUUUCUUACAGUGAGAAAAAGUACUAUUUUAAAUUGAGUAUAUUUUGAAAAAUUCUACUGUUGUGCUAAGCCUAGCUUUUUCAGGCAAAUCAAUCCCCAGUUCCCCAUUGCACAAGGUGCUGAAGGUGGUUUGGGACUAAGCUAGCCUACUAAUGUUUACUAAGAAAUGAAGCCUUGGAAACGGGCAUGGUGGUCUUUGUGAUGCCACACAUCUCUGAUGACCUUGCUGCUAAAGUGUACAAGUGGGAUGUUUUCUUUAGUUCAAUGCUUUAUUUGAUAUAGAUAGCUAGGGUUGGCAAAAAGCACAAUGUGCAGAAGAUGAUUUUGUUCUGCUAUUAUAUGGAAUCUAAAAACAGCAAUGUAUAUUGACUUUAGAAAGACAAAGAGAUGACAGUAUUUUAACAAUUCAAGUAGCCAAAAUAUGGUGAACAGAUGUAUUUCAGUGCCUAGCUUGUACAGAGUGCUUGGCAAUAAUGCUUAGAAACAAGCAGCCCAGAAUUGUGGCAUGUACCAACAGCAAGAUCGCUUGGCUAUUUAAAUCGUACCAUUGUCUUUAUAACAUACUCACAGUUCACAACAUAUUAACUUAAAAUUCCUAAAGCUAUUUAUAUGCCAAAUGUGAAAUAAUGAUUCAUAUAUUACUUUAAAUGUUGUAUAUAAAUUUUUUCUUCUUUUUUUUUCAUUUACAAUAUUGCUUUUGAAUUAAGAGUAUUUCAACAUAACUAUAUUGUUAUGGUGACAUCAGUUGUUAGUUGGAUGGAGCAUGGUGGGGGCUGCUGUUCGAUCCCAUAAUAGGAGAGUGACUACAUACUCCAGAACUGCAGCGGCCGCUACCCUCUGUUCUAAGUCAUCGCAUUUUGUGCUGGUAGUGAUCACAGUCAGGUGGUGUAUUGCCACUGUCCUGAUCCUGCUGCCUUGCACUUCUGUACCUGUUCUUGGAAAUGCCCCUCCAAUGACAAUGCAAGAGAUAUCCACUCAGGGUUGGUGUAGCCAAGCUCAAUAUGAAGACCCAAUGGCUUUCUUGCCUGCUUAUUUCCCCUGUCCUGGGAAUGUUGCAACUAUAUAUUUCUUCUGACUUUUAUUGUUCAGCCUUGUUGGGCCUGUACUCACAUUAACCUUGGUAUUUCUCCUACAUCACCUGGUUUAAACCAGUGCCAGAAGACAUCCCUGCUAACUGUGUUGUUUUGGAGACCAAGGUUCACUGUGACUAAAGAAUGUGGUCAUGUUGGGCUUGAUGGUCAUUAACAUAGAGACUGCAGGCCUGAAUAACACAAUGUCACACUAUGAAUGGUGUCGGGGAAUGGAAUCAUAAGAAAAAAAUACAAAAGUGAAGCAACUGAGCUACCAAAUAACCAGUCUUGAAUUGUCCCUCAAGGGGCAGCAUCCAUUUAUUUAAAUAGUGGACCCAAAACAAUGUUUUGUGAAAUUUGAGUGGUUGUGUGUGAUCUGAACACAAUUUUACUGAAAAUAUCCAUUUUGCUGGUUAUUUGUGUAAUACAAGCAAUUAAAAACAAUUGUUUAAUGUUUAGUUCUCUACUUUUUCACGUGCAUAUUGAAUACGAUGGUGUAUAAUUAGUUUUGUGCAGGCUGCACUGCAACCAGUAAGAAAAGCAGUCUCACAGAUUUGUAUUUAUUGUACUGAGAAUAUAUAAUUCUUAUUUUUUUAAAAAUUGGGAAAGCUUGUUUAUUGUAACUCUUUUCUUUUCAGAAUUUAUAGAGAAUGGAAUAACUUGAAUAUUUUUUGUUUACAUUUUACAGAAGGUGUAUGUAAAUGUGCACAGAGAGCUACUCUGAUUGAUGACAGCAAAACCUCCAUAUUAUUGCUUAAGCUGGGCUUCUCAGAAUAGAAAGAAUAAAUCCAUCCUUUAUAGUGUAAGGAAAUAAUUUUUACUUGAGACCAUACAGAGGACAGAAAUUACUAUAAAUGCACCCAGUGAGUUUUACCUAGUCUGUGGGUGCAUUUGUGAUAAAAGCCAUGGAUCCGCAGUAUCCACUUUACAUGCUGGUUUUCAUUCAAACCCUUUAGCUAACUGAAAGGGCUAUUUCAAAAUGAGGUAAAUGUCAUAUCUGUCAUAUGGUUGCAACCUUUAAUAAAGUUAU